AUGGGAAUUGUGGUGGUUGUUGUGAUGUGCAUUGUGGGGGUCAUUGUGAUGGGCAUUGUGGUGAUCGUAGUGAUGGGCAUUGUGGUGGACGUUGUGAUGGGCAUUGUGGUGAUCGUAGUGAUGGGCAUUGUGGUGGACGUUGUGAUGGGCAUUGUGGUGAUCGUUGUGAUGGGCAUUGUUGUGGUCGUUGUGAUGGGCAUUGUGGUGGACGUUGUGAUGGGCAUUGUGGUGAUCGUAGUGAUGGGCAUUGUUGUGGUCGUUGUGAUGGGCAUUGUGGUGGUCGUUGUGAUGGGCAUUGUGGUGGUCGUUGUGACGAACAUUAUGGUGAUCGUUGUGACGAACAUUGUGGUGGUCGUUGAGGUGGUCAUUGUGGUGGUCGUUGAGGUGGUCAUUGUGGUGGUCGUUGUAAUGGGCAUUGUGGUGGUCGUUGUGACGAGCAUUCUGGUGGUCGUUGUGAUGUGCAUUGUGGUGUUAGUUGUGAUGGGCAUUGUGGUGGUCGUUGUGAAGGACAUUGUGGUGAUCGUUGUGACGAACAUUGUGGUGGUCGUUGUGAUAGACAUUGUGGUGGUCGUUGUGACGAACAUUGUGGUAGUCGUUGUGAUGGGCAUUGAGGGGUCGUUGUGA